UCGCUCGCUGCUCCGCCUGAGCCAGGACCCUCCGCUGCUGCUCGGCUCUGCUCCGGGAUGAACCACAGGCUUCUGGCGGUGGAUGGCGGCGGCGGCCCGGCGGCCAGGAGCCGCGACAACCUGCUGCUGCACGAGCAGGACUUGGGGGAGGAGUGCUGCUGCGGGGGCCGCUGCCUCGGCCACAGCAACUCGGAGAGGCAGCUCCUGGCCCGCCUCAGCGCUGCCAAGCGGCGCCAGCCGCUGCGCGGGCCGGCCUACAUGUUCUCUGCCCCCCCGGUCAGCCUGUCCGAGGUGGAGCAGCACUUCCUGGAGGCGGCGGAGUACGGCAACAUCCCGGAGGUGCGGCGCAUGCUGCUGUACGUGCCCAGCCUGAACGUCAACGCCGUGGACUACAUGGGCCAGAACGCCCUGCAGCUGGCCGUGUCCAACGAGCACCUGGAGGUGACGGAGCUGCUGCUGGGGAGGGCCGACCUGGCCAGGGUGGGGGACGCGCUGCUGCUGGCCAUCAGUAAAGGUUACGUCCGCAUCACGGAGGCCCUGCUCAGCCACCCUUCCUUCAGGGACGCCCACCGUCUGACGGCGAGUCCCGCUCAGGCGGACAUGCUGGAUGACUUCUACGCUUAUGACGAAGACGGGACGAGGUUCUCUCACGACGUGACCCCCCUGAUCCUGGCGGCCCACUGCCAGGAGUACGAGAUAGUCCACACCCUCCUGAGUAAAGGGGCCCGCAUCGACCCCCCCCACGACUACUUCUGCGGCUGCGACUCCUGCAACUACCAGCAGCAGUUCGACUCCUUCAGCCACUCGCGCUCCAGGAUCAACGCCUACAGGGGGCUGGCCAGCCCCGCCUACCUGUCCCUGUCCAGCGAGGACCCGGUCCUGGCGGCGCUGGAGCUCAGCAGCGAGCUGGCCAUGCUGGCCGACAUCGAGAAGGAGUUCAAGAACGACUACAGCCGCCUGUCGUACCAGUGUAAGGACUACGUGGUGGGUCUGCUGGACCUGUGCCGCAGCACCGAGGAGGUGGAGGCCAUACUGAACGGAGAAACGGCCUGCGAGGACAGCUUUGAGCUCCCGGGCCGGCCCUCCCUCACCCGCCUCAAGCUCGCCAUCAAGUACGAGCUGAAAAAGUUCGUGGCUCAUCCCAACUGCCAGCAGCAGCUGCUCAGCAUCUGGUACGAGAACCUGCCCGGCCUGAGGCAACAAACCACCGGCGUCAAGCUGCUGGUGGUGCUGGCCGUGGCCAUGGGGCUGCCGGGUCUGGCCGUGGCCUACUGGGUGGCUCCGUGCAGCCGGGUGGGGAAGGUGAUGCGCAGCCCCUUCAUGAAGUUCGUGGCCCACGCCUCGUCCUUCACCAUCUUCCUGGGCCUGCUCAUCCUGAACGCCGCCGACCGCUUCGCCGGCACCACCCUGCUGCCCAACAUGACCCACCACCUGAACCCUGGAAGCCCGCUGCACGUCCGGGACCCUCUGCUGCUCCACCGCAAGAUCACCACGCCCCUCACCUGGAUGGAGAUCCUCAUCAUCUCCUGGGUGAUGGGAAUGAUUUGGGCCGAGGUGAAGGAGAUCUGGAGCCAGGGCCCGGGCGAGUACCUGGUGGAGCCCUGGAACUUCCUGGACUUCGGGAUGCUGGCCAUCUUCCUCGCUUCCUUCAGCUGCCGUUUCUCCGCCGUGCGACACGCCGACUUGGCCCAGGCGUACGUGUACAAGCACUGCAAGAGCCUGGCCAAGCUGCCCGCAGAGGUUCACUACUUCACUCAGGCUCGUAUUUACUGGGUGCCGUCGGACCCCCAGCUGGUGUCGGAGGGUCUGUACGCCGUCGCCGUGGUGCUGAGCUUCUCCCGCAUCGCCUACAUCCUCCCCGCCAACGAGAGCCUCGGCCCGCUCCAGAUUUCCUUGGGGAGGACGGUCAAGGACAUCCUGAAGUUCAUGGUCAUCUUUCUGCUGGUGUUCCUGGCGUUCAUGAUCGGCAUGUUCAACCUGUACUCCUAUUACCUCGGGGCCAAGCAGAACGACGCCUUCACCACCCUGGAGGAGAGCUUCAAGACGCUGUUCUGGGCUAUAUUUGGACUCUCCGAGGUCAAGUCUGUGGUCAUCAACAACGGACACAAGUUCAUUGAGAACAUCGGCUAUGUGCUGUACGGGGUUUACAACGUUACCAUGGUGAUCGUGCUUCUCAACAUGCUCAUCGCCAUGAUCAACAGCUCCUUCCAGGAGAUUGAGGAUGACGCUGAUGUUGAGUGGAAGUUCGCCAGGGCCAAACUCUGGUUCUCCUACUUCGAGGAGGGCAGGACGCUGCCGGUGCCCUUCAACCUGGUGCCGAGCCCCAAGUCCAUGCUGGGCCUGGCCACGGCCGUCAAGGCCCUGCUGCUGAGACUGGUGGAGAAACACCACGGGAGGAGGAGCGAGACCCAGCUCAACCAGCUUGGGGAGACAAAAACUGCAGGAUACGGAGGUCCGUCUCACGACACCAGGUACCAGAAGAUCAUGAAACGACUGAUUAAACGUUACAUCAUCAAAGCCCAGGCAGAUAAAGAGAGCGACGAAAUUACUGAGGGUGAGCUGAAGGAGAUCAAGCAGGACAUCUCCAGCCUGCGAUACGAGCUGCUGGAGGAGAAGUCGCAGCACACCGAGACCCUUGAUGGGCUGCUCAGGAGGCUGGGGGAGAUGAGCGCUCCGUCGCCGUAGCGAUGCCGCCGGCUCCACCUGUGGGAAAUGUGUGUCACCCAAAACGCUGUAAACACUGCUAAGUCAACAUAUUUAACUAUAUAUGUGGAUUCAGAGUCAAACGGUAGCCGUCUCCUGAACCACAACGCAAGAGUUUGGGAUCUCAUGCAGAAUAACCAACAUGUGGAUAAUCCUUGAAGCUUUUAGAGAGACAGUAUUGGCAGUACUCGAGUUGUAAAAAAAAAUCAGGGGGGAUGGUGGAUUUUAUCAUAUGGGGACAGAUAAUUUGUGCUGAUUACAAAUAAUAUAAUAUAUUACAAAUAAUAUCACUGACCAAAACACCUGCAGAAAUACUGCAGGAAUGACAUAGCAGCAGUUAAAUGCAGCCUUCUGUAAGCUUUAAAUAUCCACUGGGCUUACAUCAAAUACAUCAAAACACAACAAUAAAAAACACUUUUCUGAACUUAUCAAUAUGACUCUGUCCUUCACAGGAUAAGUAAAAUGGAUAAUUGCAAAAACUCAAAAUCUUAACAAGAAUAUUUGUCUUAUUUUUAGUUAAAAUGUCUCAUUUUAGUAAAAAAAAUCUCAUUACACUUAAAACAAGACUCAUC